AUGGAAGACUUGGUCCGUGAUGACACCAACAGCCUUGGUGACAGAACUCACAAGAGUAAGUCUGCCCUGUCUCGAAAUAAAAUGAAAACAGAAGAUCCAGAAAGGUACAGAAUUUAUCUAGAUAAACAGAAGGUGACAGCCAAACAGAGGCGUGAGGAACUGAAAAGGGAGUUACAGAAGAAAAAAGGAAAUGAGCAAUCUAAAGCCAAAAAAGCACAUCAAAAUGAGAUGCAGAGACGCAGACAAAAAAGGUAUAUGGAGAGAAAGAAAGAACAAGGGAUAAGCAUCCAAAGUUCAACACCUCGUACAAAGGCUAAACCUCAAACUAGGAACAUUAUUGAAACAAGAAGGGAGUACAAUAGACAAAAGAAAAGAAAAGAAAGACAGGAAAUGUCGUGGCAAAAAAAGAUGUGGAUUAGAAAGAAGGACAGAGAAAGAAAAAAGAAAAAUAGAAAAGAAGCAGCGAAACUAAAGGAAAUUUAUCAACAUCAACAGGAAGUCCGUUUGCGUCUAAAAAAACAGAGUACAAUAUAA